AAUCUUUGCUCUGAAUCUGAUCACCCUCUGGAAUGACUCAGACACAGGCUUCAGGGUCCUUACCAAGAUGGCCGAUAAGCUGGGUGACCAGUUCUACCAGGAGGCCAUCGAACACUGCCGCAGCUACAACGCGCGCCUGUGCGCCGAGCGAAGCGUCCGCCUGCCCUUCCUGGACUCCCAGACGGGCGUGGCCCAGAACAACUGCUACAUCUGGAUGGAGCGCCACCACCGAGGCCCUGGAAUGACCGCGGGUCAAAUGUACACCUACCCAGCACGUUGCUGGAGGAAGAAGAGGAGGCUUCACACCUCUAUGGAUCCGCGCCUUCGGCUGUGUGGGCUGCAGCUCGAUGGAGGGCUGUCUGCCAGGGAGUCUCUCCCGUCCCAGGGCACCACUCUGGAGGCACUGCUGAGGGGGGACGCCCUGGACAAGAGGAGCCGGGACCGAGAAGAGGAGAGCCUGCUGGAGAUCCAGAGGGUUCUAGAAGCCGACGCGCAGGAAGACGGUUACCAUGACGACGACGACUUUGAAGUGGACACGCCGAAGCGGAAACACAGAGGCAAAGGCAGAGGUCGAGGGUCUGGCCGCCGAAGGAACGAUGCCCACUCGACAGACGACCAGGACAAACCAUACGUCUGUGACAACAGACACAAACAAAAGCGUAACUCAAAAUCUUCGGCCUCAGUUUGUGGGAAGCGCUACAGGAACCGCACAGGGUUGAGCUACCACUACACUCACGCCCAUCUGGAGGACGAGGGGGCGGGGCAAAAAGGGUCGGAAGCUUCGCAGUCUCCGCCCGCGCACCGCCCGCACAGCCGAAAACAUCCAAAAGGUCCGGACGGGAACCUUGUUCCCAACAGUAACUACUGCAGUGUGUGCCAGGGCAAAUCAGGCUCCAACAGAAAGAUCAACAAGGCCGCAGGCUUGACUCCCUGCUCAAAGUGUGGACGAUCAGGCAACGGGGUGCAGAAGGAGGAGCCGCGGCCCUUUGCCGGCGCGGAGGAGCUCUUUGGCACCACGUCCGAGAGCGACACGUCCACCUUCCACGGCUUCGAGGAAGACGACCUCGACGACGAGCCCACGUCCAACGGCAACAAGAAGGCCGCACAGUGCAGAUAGAGUGCACACACACACACACAAACACACACACACGCACACAUACACCCGCCCACACACUCACACUUACACACUCACACACAGCAAACACAACAGGACCUUCUCUUACCAGAGACACUUUUAACAACCUCCAGUUAAACAAAAAAGAAAAAUGAAAAAAAAAUGAAAAAAAAAAAAACGCUGCUUUUUAAUUGUUUUCCUGGCCGUUUUUGCAGAAAGCACAAAUAAUGAUUUCAGCGAAGAAAUGCAAGUGUUCUUUUAUGAUUACUGGAAACUUUAAGCCUUUUUGAAUAAGUUAUAAACUUGCUUUUUUUAUUAUUGUUAUUUAAAUAAGGAGAGCGUGAAGCUGACAGACUGGGUGUCCUGAUGAAAGAGGCGCUUUUCGUGUGAAACAAUGGAACCGUUUGUCUUUCGGGAUGCUUUUUUCCCCCCCGUAGGACAAAUUUCAACUUGUUUUUGCAAACAAGAACACUGGAACAUGUGGAUUUAAUUUUAUAGCGUUUCUGGGAUAAUUUGCCAGCUAAAUUAAAUUUUAAAAAGAAAUUAUAAAUAAUAAACAGUGAGAGACAGAAGUCAGAAGGAGCUUCUGCUGUACGUUGACUUUUUUCCGUGAGGAAAUGCUUAUGGAAAGAAGAGGAAGACAUGAGUCGACUGUUUUUGGAUUACUGGGCUUUAACUACGAGUGGGUGAGACGGUCAAGAAGUUGACAUCAUCCAGUCCAACGGGUUUUGCAUUGACAUUUGGGGGAGGGUCACUACUGUGAUGACCUACAGCCAGCGCUGUGAAGGACACACUGCCGGGGUUUAGGCAUUCAGUCAGCGAGCUGGGUCAUCUCGCCUUCUGAAUGGACAGACCCGCUGAGACCCCCGCACAUGCACACAGACCCCCCUCAGACUCUAGACACACACACACACACACACACAGAGAUUCCCCAUCCACCCUGGCAAACGCACACAGACCCCAUCAGACUUUGGACACACACACACACACACACACAGACCCCAUCAGACUCCUCUGCGCACGCACACACACACACACACACACACACACACACACACACACACACACACACACACACACACACACACACACACACACACACACACACACACACACACAUCCCCAUCCACUCCCCUGCUAUGCACCUACACAGACACCAGACGUCCACUGGCUGAACUCAAGGGGGUGAUCCGUGUGGACGAAUACUGCAAGCGAUCGAUUUUGAAGGACUUUCUCGUUUUUCCUUUUUUGUUUUCUCUUCGGAAGCUUUUCUGACUGGAGUCUACUGGUCCCCCCGUUUUCAUGUUCCCCUGGUGUAGAGGACUGAUGUGGACCAAACAGCCUUACACAAUGGAUCUAAUCCUCUUGUGAGGAAAAAAAAAUGACAUGAAGGAUAUGAAUGAAAUCAAACUGAUUUGUAUUUAACAAGUGUCCGUUCACCGCUUUUCCUUUUGAAGCACUUGUGUUUUUCUGUUUUCUUUUUUUUUUUGUCUACCUAAAAAAAAAUCUGCUUUGCUUACUAUUACUGUAGGUGUCUUUGCACAUAAGAGUAGUGGCCAUGGAAGGAUUAAAAGCCAGAUUAAAAAAAAAAAAAUCUAAAGCAUACAAAACACAUGUUACCAGACUUGAUCCCUUGUCUAUGCAUGAGAAAACGGACUAGAAUCAGACAGGGCAAGCGAGGUCUGGCUACACGGUCACUGCAUCUCUGCUGAACUGCUGCGGUUGGGGUGCCCCGAGGCUGUUGGAUGAUCCCUGACCAAACUAACGAGGGAUCACCUCAUCAGCUCACACACACACACACAAGAGUCCCGUAACACAGUGCUUUCCUAAUUCCCCCCUGCCCUGAAGGACGGCGGCUCCUGAGCUAAAGCUACGCUACGCUAGUGGUGCUGGGGAUCGAGAGGGUGUGCUGAUCUGCUGUGGCCGGCCAAGGCUGCUAAGCUCAGCUAGGCUAGCGUAAAUGGGAAGUGACACGUCAACGUCAUUAAGUUCAUCACUGUGCUUGGACUAGGAUGCUCACAGGAAACCAAGUGUGACAGCCAUAACUGAAGACCCAACCAGAUCAGACACACAUACUCACACACGCACAUACACACUUUCACUUUCUUUCUUUCUCUCACACUCUCUCUGCUCUCUCGCUCUCUUUCUCUCUCUCUCUCUCACACACACACACUCACUCACACAACCUCUGCCAUGGUGCUAAACAUUUUCAACAAAUCAACAAUGACCUCCUGAUUAGUGCUACAUCUACUAGGUGUUGUCCCUCAGUCACAUCCUCCCCUCUUCCUCCUUGUAGGAGCCAAAUUACGUUUUGUGUUGAUUUAUGUUUCUUUCUCGUGAAUAGUAGUGUGUGAGUGUAUGUGUGAAUGAGUGAGUGAUUGUAUAUGGCCAUAGGUUGCCUGUCUACCCCCAUCUAGUGGACUUGAAGGUCAAGGUCAGUGGAGGCUGAAGGAGGAGCCCAAGGGGAAAAGCCUCAAGAGCAGGAAGCCACAGCAUCUGGGCGUGGCUGAGAGGGCAAACAGUCUUUUGACCGUGCUGCGUGCUACGUGAAGGACCGUGACCGUGUGCUGUGACAAGCCAAGCCAUUUGAUCGGAAAGACUGCUUUAGUUUAAUUGUUUUUCUUUAUUUUUACUCAAGUUUUGUAACAUCAACAUCAACAAUAAAUGGUCAUUGGACCAACUGGAUCAAACUUCACUAUUCAUCUCUACACCAGCACGCGUCCAGACAUAUCCAAAUCAGUCACAAGUAACAGCGAAUUCAGGGAGUAAAAGGACGACCGGAAAAGCUGCUACAUUUAGUCAAAAGACUCCUCGGAAUGGACAUACUUGGACCAAAGGAAUCUUGGAUACUCGGAACAAAGGACCAGACCAGACCAAGAAGUUCAAGUGCCAUCUUGGAUUGCAACGAAGGCCGAAGUCAAUCCUUGACAAUCCGAAGGAAUCGGUACGUUUAGCAAAGAACUUUUUGAGCAAUCUUGCUCUGUUUAUUUAUAAGAAUUCAUUUUGAUGAAUAUUUAGUUAUAUUUUUGAAAGAAAAGGGACUUUUUGAGUUUACCCAUGGAACCAGGAGCUUCAAUCAGUAUGGAGGACAUUAACAUUGAUGUUGCACCUGUUGAAGGAGAAAAGCAAGAUGAAUUGAUUGAAUUAGAAAAGAGGAAGAAAGAAGCAAAAAAUGCGAGAAAGAACAAGUGUGCUGCAUUGACUCGCAAACUGAACCAAAUAACUGAGCUUAUGACUGACACAGCCAAUCUGCAUAAAGUAAAGGAGAACGUUCAGAAAUACAAUGAAAUGUUUGAAGAGUUUAAUUACUUGCACAAACAAUACCAACAGUUUUUAUCACAAGAUGAGUGUACUGCAGAUACAGAGAAGUGGUAUGAGCCCAAGUUGAUUACCAUCAAUGAGUUUAAGAUUAAGGCUGAGCAAUGGAUACAGUCAUGUCCUGUUCAACCACUACCAGUAAGAGAUGAAGUUGGUCCUAAAGACAGCAUCUCUCAAGUUAGUCAGGGUUCACGUAAAAGUAAAGGUUCACAUACAAGCUCAUCAUCAGCUCGUCUGGUAGCACAUGCUGAGAAGGCAGCGCUAUUAGCUAAGGCAGCUGCUUUAAAAGAAAAACAUGCAUUAGAAGAAAAAGAAGAGCUCUUAGCUAAAGAAAGAGAAGAAAUAAGAAGACAAAAGGAGACUCUGAGCUUCGCAGCUGAGUUGUCAGCAGCAAAUGCAAAGCUCGCAGUGUUGGAUAGUGCAGAAGAACAAGCCUAUUCCACUCCAGCGGAUGGCAUGAAGGCAUACUUUCAGGAGAGGAACUUGGAACUUGCCAACAUGGAAACUCUGCUUAAUGGGGCUCCAACAACCAAUGCUCACGAACAUAGAAGUGUGCGUCCAAGAGAAGGGGUACAGCAUCUGCAGCAUCUGCCAUUGUAUCGACCACCAUACCCAGAAGAUCGUUCCCAUGGUGACCGGGGAGGACACUGGUUAUUCCAGGAGACCCAGGGUGUUAUAGGGGUAGCACAAGGGCAGGCACAAUCUCUGCAGGCAGACAGUAUAGCUCAAGAGGGUGCUAGAGUCACUGACAAGUCCCAUGAUCAAUCUGACAGAGCAGAACUCAGCACAGAAUAUAGACCGCUGGAAGAUGUUCUUCUUCAAUCACAUGCAGAAAGAGCAGGCCCUACAUUGUCAGAACAAGAACUUGAACAUCGUAGACCAUUAGAGGAAGGGGCAGCUUCCAAUAGGCUAAUUUCUGUCUUAAACAGACAAAAUGAAAUUACAUACAUGCUUCUCAGACAGCAGCAAUUGUCACUAUUGCCACCUAAAAGUGUCACUGUAUUUGAUGGGGACAUUUUACAGUUUCAGUCAUUUAUGAUGUCUUUUGAACAUAACAUUGAGUCAAAAACCGACAGUGGACAGGAUAGGUUUUUCUACCUGGAGCAAUUUACUAGAGGACCAGCUAGAGACCUAGUAAGAAGUUGCCAGCAUAUGGGUGGAGACCAGGGUUAUCUCAGGGCAAAGCGCUUGUUGCUUGAACAUUUUGGCAAUGAGUAUAAAAUUUCCACCGCCUAUAUUGAAAAGGUUCUCAAUUGGCCAAAUAUAAAACCUGAAGAUCCCAAAGCCUUGAAUGAGUAUUCCCUGUACCUCAAAGGAUGCUGCAAUGCCAUGGCGAAGAUGAACUACAUGGAUGAAUUAAACGUAGCCUCUACCUUGAAAGCCAUCGUUAUGAAAUUGCCCUACAAGCUGAGGGAUAGAUGGCGGACUAAAGCUCAAGCGAAACUGGAGGACAACACCAGCAGGAUUACAUUUACAGACCUUGUACAGUUCAUUGAGCAACAAGCCAAGAUAUGCUCCAACCCGAUAUUUGGAGAUUUACAAGAACCAGUUGCAAGCAGGAAUAAAAGGCCCAAUGUAAGUAAGACCCUUUUUAGGCCAAAGUCUACCUAUGCAACUAAUGUAACAACACUGAGCACUCCAGCUGCUCCAAGCAGGAAUAGUGAUGUGAAAACGCCAUGCCUCUACUGUGAGGGUGCUCAUUGUCUGGAGAACUGCAAUCACUUUAAGAAGAAAACACACAGGGAAAAACUAAACCUUUUAAAGGAAAAAGGACUGUGCUUUGGUUGUUUGUGUAAAGGGCACAUGAGCAAAGACUGCAAAGAUCGUCUUAUAUGUAACAUCUGCAAUCACACACAUCCCAAUGUGCUGCACAUCAACUUUGGGGCUAAAGGUCAUGCCUCAGGGUCACCAGAGCAGCCACAGAAACAGAUCAGCAAGGUGUCAUCAAACGCUUGUGGACAUACAGGGGCCGGAUACAGUAAAUGCGCACUGUCAAUUCUUCCUGUGCAAGUAAAGUCUGUCAAAGGCAACAAAAUCUAUCAAACUUAUGCUCUUCUUGAUCCUGGCAGUUCGGCAACAUUCUGCACGGAGAGGCUGGCGCAGAAGUUGUGUCUAGAGGGGAAACAAACAACCGUACUGCUGAGAACAAUGGCACACGAGAAACCCAUAAAAAGUGUCUUAAUAUCAGGUUUAGAAGUCAGUGGACUUAAUGGCAAGACGUUCAUUCCUUUACCUGAUGUCUACACACAGGAAUCUAUGCCUGUAACAAAGGAGAACAUCCCAACACAAGAGGAUUUAAAGCAAUGGCCUUACCUCAGUGAAGUCCAGUUACCUCACAUAGACUGUGACAUUGACCUGCUCAUAGGUAUGAAUGCAGCAAAUGUUAUGGAACCAUGGCAGGUAAUCAACUCACAAGAAGAUGGACCUUAUGCUGUAAGAACAUUGUUGGGUUGGGUAAUCAACGGUCCAUUGGGAGGUAGCAGCAAAGGUGUGGAAAUGGCCACAGUGACUGCAAACAGGAUCUCCUUGGUCGACCUGCAAGAACUCCUGGUGAGUCAAUAUAACACCGACUUCAAUGAGAGAGCUUAUGAAGAAAAAGGUGAAAUGUCAGUGAAUGACAAGAAAUUCUUGAACAUUGUCGAUGAAUCUGUAAAGAUGAAAGAGGGUCAUUACUGUAUUAACUUACCUUUCAAAGCAGAAAACAUCACAAUGCCCAACAACCGCGUUGUUGCAGAACAGCGCCUGUGUAACCUGAAAAGAAAGUUCCAAAGGGAUCCGAACUAUCAGAGGGAGUAUACGGAGUUCCUCAGUGAUGUCAUUCACAAAGGCUAUGCUGAAAAGGUUCCCCCUGCACAACUGAAUCGAUCUGAUGGGAAAGUUUGGUAUAUCCCCCAUCAUGGGGUAUAUCACCCAAAAAAGAAGACCAUUAGAGUAGUGUUUGAUUGUGGUGCGACCUUUCAAGGGACAUCCCUCAACUCUGAACUACUCCAAGGCCCAAACUUGACGAACACACUGAUUGGAGUACUGACACGUUUCCGAGAACAACCAGUAGCACUGAUGGCGGACAUACAGGCCAUGUUCCACCAAGUCAAGGUGACUGAAAAUGACACAGACUUUCUGCGCUUCUUAUGGUGGCCACAAGGAAAGGUGGAUGAUGCUCCAGUGGAAUAUCGCAUGACGGUGCAUUUGUUUGGUGCAGUCUCUUCACCAAGCAUAGCCAACUUUGCUCUCAGAAAGACUGCACAGGACAAUGCAGGCAACUUUCCUCCUGAGGUAAUAAACACAAUCAUGGAACACUUUUAUGUAGAUGAUUGUUUGAAAACACUAGCCACUGAACUAGAAGCAAUGGAGCUAAUUUCAAACAUCACUGAAGUCUGUCAUAGAGGAGGCUUCCAUUUGUCAAAGUGGAUAAGCAAUAGUAGAGCUGUCCUUGGUGCUGUUCCACAAGAAGACAGAGCUAAGGAAAUAAAGGACUUGGACUUGACCAAAGAUCAACUGCCCAUGGAACGAGCCUUAGGACUUCAAUGGUGUGUCCAACGUGACUCUUUCAAGUUCAACAUCACCAUAAGUGAGCGUGCACUUACCAGAAGGGGCAUCCUAUCGAUGGUAAGCUCUGUAUAUGAUCCUUUAGGCUUUCUGUCUCCACUUACUUUGCCAGCUAAACUGUUGUUGCAGGAAUUGUGCCGACAGGACCUUGGAUGGGACAUGACCAUUCCCAACACAAUUUCUGACCAGUGGACCAAAUGGAUCGGGAGUCUCUCACAACUCACAGACUUUGAAGUUCCACGCUGCUUCAAGCCAAAUGGUUUUGGUGAGUCGGUGCAUAACCAAAUCCACCACUUCUCUGAUGCCAGCGAGCUAGGCUAUGGUACAGUCAGCUAUCUCAGAAUGACAAAUGCAGAAGGGAAGAUCAAUGUAGCAUUCUUGAUGAGCAAGUCAAGAGUAGCUCCAUUAAAGCGACAGACCAUCCCAAGGCUGGAGUUAGCAGCUGCAGCUUUAUCAGUUAAAAUGGAUAAGAUGUUAAAAGAAGAAUUGCUGCCACCUACAGAUAGGUCAGUGUUUUGGACUGACAGCACAUCUGUCUUAAAGUACAUCUCAAAUGACCACACACGUUUUCAUACCUAUGUGGCAAAUAGGACAUCUAGGAUUAGGGAGGCUACACAAGUGUUUCAGUGGAGACAUAUUGACACCAAGAGAAACCCUGCUGAUGACUGCUCUAGAGGUGUGAGCGCAGAGAGGUUCAUGAAGAACCCAAGAUGGAUCUCUGGACCAGAGUUCCUUUGGUCAUCAGAAAAGGACUGGCCGAACGAAUCUAUGGACAAUGGUGAACUGUAUGAAGAUGAUCCAGAGGUGAGGAAAUCUGCAACAGUGAAUGCAAUCAUGCAGACAUGUGAGGAAAGGCCCACAGACAAAUUGCUCAAUCACUUUUCAGACUGGCUGAAGUUGAGGGUAGCUGUUGCAUGGAUUCUCAAAGUUAAAGAAUCAUUAAAACACCUUGUGCAGAAAAGAAAUGACACAAAGAAAGUUUGUAAGAUGACUCAAAGGGUAACCAGAAUGACUAAAGGGUGUGUCACAGAUAACAUAAAAGAAUCAAUAACAGUUGAUGAUCUAACUAUGGCAGAAAAAGCUAUUCUCUCUUAUGUACAGAGGCAAAGUUUCACACAGGAGAUCAACAUGUUGCAAGAGGGUGCGUCCAACGUCAAAAAGGGCAGUAGGAUAUAUAGACUGGAUCCAGUGCUGGACAAUGGAAUCCUCAGAGUGGGUGGUCGCCUCAGAAGAACAGCAAUGCCUGAGGAAAGAAAACACCCUGCCAUUUUGGCGAAAGACCACCACGUAUCCGCUCUGAUCCUGCGCCACGUCCAUAUUCAAACUGGACACGGAGGAAGGAACCACAUGCUAUCUGAGGUACGAAAAACAUACUGGAUAACAAAUGUUAACUCUGCUGCAAGAAAGAUUCUCUCUCACUAUGUGACUUGCAGAAAGCACAGAGGUAAAGCCGGCGAACAAAAGAUGGCUGACCUGCCAAGUGAAAGACUGGUCCCAGACUUACCACCAUUCUUCAACGUUGGCCUUGACUACUUCGGUCCUUUUGAAGUAAGAAGGGGAAGGAGCGCAGUGAAGAGAUACGGCGUCAUCUUUACCUGCAUGACCAGCAGAGCAGUACAUCUAGAGGUAGCAUGUUCUUUAAGUACAGACUCAUGCAUCAAUGCCAUUAGAAGGUUUCUGUGUCGAAGAGGGCAGGCACAACACCUACGAUCAGAUAAUGGCACAAACCUUGUAGGCUCAGAAAGAGAAUUAAGAGAAGCACUCAAAACUUUAGAUCAAAGGAAGAUCCACCAGACUCUUAUGAAGGAAGGAGUUCAGUGGAGCUUUAACCCCCCUACAGCAUCUCAUCAUGGUGGGUUGUGGGAACGCCUCAUCAGAAUGGUAAGGCAUGUCUUAUGCUCAGUCUUGAACCAGCAAACCUUAGACGAUGAAGGGCUAAACACUGUCUUUUGUGAAGUAGAGGCAAUUCUUAACAGUCGACCCAUUACCAAGGUAUCUGGUGACCCACAAGAUCUAGAGGCCCUAACACCGAAUCAUAUUCUGUUGCUCAGAACUAACCCACUUCUGCCCCCUGGAGUCUUUUCAAGGUCGGACCUGUACCACAGAAGACGCUGGAGACAGGUCCAGUAUAUAGCAGAGCUGUUCUGGAAGAGGUGGCUUCUGGAAUACCUCCCUCUUCUACAAGAACGACAAAGAUGGUCAAGAACAAGAAGGAACUUCAUCCCAGGGGAUAUCGUCUUGCUUGCAGACAACACCGCUCCUCGCAGUUCGUGGCUACUGGGAAGGAUUGUUGAGGCCAAACCUGAUGCCAGAGGUCAUGUCCGCAUUGUAAAACUGAAAACAAAGACAAGUGUACUGGAGAGGCCAGUGUCCAAAAUCUGCUUGCUGUUAGAGGGUGAAGAAGAUUCUGUAAAGAAGUCCUGAGCAUUCAAGAACAUUGAAGAUAAGUUGACUAAUUCAAUUGAGUUUCAUUUUGAAUUUUACUAUAGGAUGUAAAUCAUUUUGGAAAAGUUAAGUUACAACCACAAAUGGCUCCUUUAUUAUUUAAAAAAAGUAAUUGUUUUUGCCUCUACAAACACAAUUAGGGGCCGGUAUGUAGGAGCCAAAUUACGUUUUGUGUUGAUUUAUGUUUCUUUCUCGUGAAUAGUAGUGUGUGAGUGUAUGUGUGAAUGAGUGAGUGAUUGUAUAUGGCCAUAGGUUGCCUGUCUACCCCCAUCUAGUGGACUUGAAGGUCAAGGUCAGUGGAGGCUGAAGGAGGAGCCCAAGGGGAAAAGCCUCAAGAGCAGGAAGCCACAGCAUCUGGGCGUGGCUGAGAGGGCAAACAGUCUUUUGACCGUGCUGCGUGCUACGUGAAGGACCGUGACCGUGUGCUGUGACAAGCCAAGCCAUUUGAUCGGAAAGACUGCUUUAGUUUAAUUGUUUUUCUUUAUUUUUACUCAAGUUUUGUAACAUCAACAUCAACAAUAAAUGGUCAUUGGACCAACUGGAUCAAACUUCACUAUUCAUCUCUACACCAGCACGCGUCCAGACAUAUCCAAAUCAGUCACAAGUAACAGCGAAUUCAGGGAGUAAAAGGACGACCGGAAAAGCUGCUACACUCCUCCUCCUCCUCUCACUGUUUCUCUUCUAUCUUACUGGGGCCAUAGUUCAAACUCUCCCUUUAAAAUGUGAAACGGGUUUAGACUCAUAACCUACAUUAGCUUUUGCUUUAGUUGACCUAGAAGUUGUUGUGAGGUUGUUUGUGUCCCUGGGUCACGGAGUGGAGUGGACGGACAUUUGACCCGGAUGCCUAGGCCUACUUCGGAUCUUUUCUCCUGGGCCUGUGGUCUUGUCUCGGUCGAAAGCACCCCCGCUGUGGACAUGAACACCAAGCUCAGGCAUCUAAUGUAAACUACUGUUGAUUGCCCCCUCUGGACUCAUCUGUGGGGAGGGGGGGGACAGGAACAGGGACAGAACUGGCUACCCCCCUCUUCCUCUGCUUACUCCCCUGCCCCCACCCCCCUUCUACCACCACCUCCAAAUCUGGUUACUACCUGCCUCCCUGUCGCAUGAUUGUGACCCCCCCCCCCCCCCAUCCCCCUCCAGUGAUGUGUAUGGACCAUUGCCAUAAACACAGCAAUAAGCUGAAAUGCAAAAGCUUUUUUGUUCCACUGAUGAAAGGCGAUGGGAUUCUAAGCCAGUCACCACAUAUAGAUUGGACAACAGUGUCUUCUUCAGCCUACUCUUUCAAAGAAAUAAAUGAAAUAAACACAUACUGUCAGCUCAUCGUUGGACAAUGUUACUCUGUGUUGACGUGUAUGAGUGCAGUAAAAUCGGAGAUGGUCCCUCCUCAUCCAUUUUGAGACAAUUGAAUCACUGUCACGCAUGCUUCCCUGUUCCUCUUUGUCGCCUCCUCUCCUCGGUACAUGCGCAGUUUAUUUUGGCUAUAACUGUCGUUAUAUAGGCCUACCCAUUCUUGCAGAAAAGCAUCGGAUUAAAAGGUUGAGAAUAUUUUUCCUCUUUCUCUCAAAUUCAAAUUCUCUCUCUCUCUCUUUCACACACUCACACACACACACACACACACACACAAACACAUACUGUUUUCCCUCAGGGACUCGGUUCCUAACAGUGAAUAAUUGUCCUGAAACGGGAGAAAUGUACGUUCUUCCUUCACCCCACUGUCUUCUCGUUCCAGUCACCAUGGGAACUAACUAACUAACGGGUGUAGAGUAGCAUUGAAAAAAAGCCCAGAAAUGUCAGACACCCCGUUAUUUUAGCUGCUAGCAGUGGGCGCGCAGCGCAGAGAACAGUGCUAUUUGGUCUACCGGUGACAUCCCGCAUCUAUUGGAUCAUGGGCACUUCGUAACGUAGCCUACUGUUCUUCUGGAAAGUCUAAUCAUCAUUAUCAUCAUGAUCUUCGAUAUAUUUGGAUGGACUAAACGGUGUAAUCAUAUGAAUAUAUUGGCAAGCCAAGCCUCUAUACCUCAUAAUGGUGACAUGGACAGCAAUAAACCUGUGUGUUUUGUGUAAUCCUGGACAGUUUCAGGAACAGGUACCAGGUGAAUUUUACGCUAACUGGUCGUUUUGUCUUCAGCUGUAAAUAUUGUAAUGCAGAUGGAACGAAUGAAGUCUUUGUUAGUGAAGUUAUUUUUAUUGUAAUGACAUUAAAAUAAUAAGACUAUCAACUAUC